AUGAAAGAUUUGAUUGAAAAUGAACUCCGAGAAGGUAUUCAUUUUAACCAAUUUAUCAUCGAGUAUAUAAUAGUCGUAAUUUAUUUUGGUGUGAGAACGGAUGUAGGACAUUUUUAAACAUAUAGAAGUAUUUAAUUUCAGACCGUUAUCAAGACACCAAACAUAUAACUUAUCAAGGUCUUUUGGAAUAAGAGAACAAUCAUCGAUUGAAGAAACAUUAGCGAAAAAUUUGAAGUCGUCCACGAACAGUAAGUGAUCACAAUAACUAAAAUAAAAGUCAAUAUCCAUAAUAAAGAUGGUAAACAAUAAGGGAAAUAUAUGGCCACCUUGAGGAACGCUUGAAGAAGCAGGAAAGGGAUCUGACAAAAAAACCAUUAAUCUUAACGUGUUGGAUUCUAUCUGAUAACUAUUAAACCAGAAUAACAAAGGAUCGGAAAUACCGUACAAAUGUAGCUUCGCUAAUAGUAUAGAGUGAUUUACAGAAUCGAAUGCUUUACUGAAAUCAGUAUAUAUUACAUCAGUUUGAUAAGUGGAUUUCACGGAUUUUAAUAUAGUAUUAUAAAAAUAAAUAUAAUAGAUAAACAAAUUGUUUUGUAAUCGUGGAUUUUGUUCAACGUUUGCCUUAAUUGAUAAACAUACGAGUGAAACUGAAUCGAAAAUACACAAUUUCAUUUUAUUGUUAUUUAAAGUACGGGCUGGUGUCCAAAUAUUUAGACAAUUAUUUAGUAAAAUAUUUAGUACAUGUAUUUGAAACUUAUGAAACCUUUAAAUUUUUAAUUUCCGUCAAUCCGUUGACGAGAUUUGGCGGAGAGUAGUGGUACAAUCUUAAAACGCCGCGCGUUCUGCCACCACACGAUUAAUUUUGCUACAUCUCUCUCCCCCGACCAAAAAUUUAAAAAUGGAAUACUCGUCAACGGAUUAACGAAAAUUAAAAUUUAUUACACAAAAAUUAAAAAUAAAUUAAACACCAAAAUUUAUUUUAACUACCACUUCAUCUAAUUGGUUAAUGUGGCUAACGAAAAUUAUUUUUUUCUAGAACUCCGCACAUGUAUUAUUAAUAUUAACCAAAUAUAGGCAUGUUCUACAGUGUUAUCCUUAUGAUAAUAAUUCUGUCGAUGUUAAUUUUUUUUUAGAUUCUGAGUGGAGCAAGGAAUGUAUUGGUUUUACAAUGUUUAUUUUAUUAUUUUUUUUUAUGUGAACACUUUUUCUACCAGAAAACUUACUCUGAUAAUCAAGUAUAGCACCUUUUCUUAAAGGAAAUGUUCUCUGGGUGGUAUUUUAAACAGGUAAAUUUUUGAAAUUCUCAUUAAUAUUCGAGAUAAUAAGGUGGUGUUAAGCAGCUGAUGUUCACCAUGUGAUCAAGUUUUAUAAUUAAAAUAUUUUUUUAACUUUUUCUUGUGUGUAAAUAUACGUAUAUGUGAAUAACCUUUUAGAAUAAAAAGAUUUUUGAAAACUUCGGCGGAACAUCUGGUAGAUGAUAACGAAACAGAUAAUGAAAAUUAAGUAUUGUGAUUUAUACGUACAAAUAUUUUGUGAGGGAAAAAAUAAUUAUGUAUGAAUGUUAUGUGUAUUUCAAAUUUUGUAAUUUAUUUAUUUUCAUCUAAAUAGUGUUAAUGUUUAAAUUUUUAAUAUAGUAUAUGGAAUAAUGUAUUUAAUUAUGAAACAAUAUGUUAUCCUGAAAUAAUAAUUUGAUAUUAAAUUAAAUAUGUACCUAACCUAUCUACCUGAAAAAAAAAUAUUUCUUCCAUACAUGUUAUAACAUGAUAUUUUAAUAAUAGUCAUACGAGUAUGAACGGUGUUUUAAAUUUUAAUAAAACAAAGCACUUUUUAUAUUUUAUAAACUGAAACAUUUGAAAAUCACUACCGACAACUGAUAAUGACAUUGUUAUCUUGUGAAUGGACUGGGCUUUAUGUCGCAUGAUUAUUUGUCGGGUGACUUUUUGACGAUAUUUAUGUAUUUUCAAAUGUGUACCUAAAUAAUAUUCUGUUGGUAGUGUUGUAUAAUGGGUUUUUGUUGGAUGGCUCUUUGUUUAAGGAUUAAUAUAUACAGGACUGGAAACGAGAUCGUUAUCGACGUUUUAUUACACGUUUUUAUUUUACACAUAUUGUAAUCACUCAUGACAUGAUAAAGACUCCGGUAAGCACGGUUAAUGUUGUUUUACACCCGGUUUACAUAUAUCUGAUUAGAUAAAAAUGAUAACAAAAAAAUAUUAUGUAAAAAUGUAAAUAAAUGUACACAAAAAACUAUACAUAAAACUUACAAUUUUUAAUUUUUUAAUUUUUUUUUUUUUGAUAUUGAUAAGUUGUAAUGAUGAAAAGAAAACUAAAAUUAGAAACGUAUAAAUAAAAUUUAGAAGUUUAUAGAAGAAAAGUAUUAUUAUCGUAUAUUUCUACUCUUGAGCUAAAGACCAAAAACUCAGGUAAAAUAUUUUUUUUUUUUAUUUUACCUAGGAUGUUAGGCUAUUUUUAAAAAACAAAAAAACACGUGGACAUUAUAAAGUCUGACAUAUGAAAUGCAGUUGAUAAACUCUGCAUUAUACCAAAAUUUUAUCAGAAUAAAUGUCAUUACAUUUGAGGAAUUAGUGUGUGAGGUAGGACAUAAAUUAGAACAUGUGUCUAGUCGCCCAGAUAUAUUGUCAGUUGGGAAGAUUUUAACAGCCACUUUGAGAUACAAUAUGAACAUUUUAUUUAUUAAUGAAAACUAUAAACAAUUUACUUAAUUUAUUCUAAAUUGCAGUUUCUAUCAAAAAAUAUAAUAAAAAAUAUUUAUUUAAAAUUUAUAAACAAUAUUUUAUUUUAUUUUUAUUUUUUUUAGAUACCUUGCAUCUGAAGAUUCAAUGGUUUCAAUUAUGUAUUCUUUUCGAAAUGGAAAGUCGACCAUUUCCAAAUUAUUAUUUGAAUGUUGUACAGCUUUAUGGAAAAUAUUAAACAGUAAAGUAUAUUUUAUAUGAUAUUUAAUAUAAUUCCUGUAUUGUUUACUACUUAGCUCUAUCUAUAUUAAAAUAUUUCUUUUAUAGUUAUUGUCCAUACCAAUAAAUGGAAAGAUCUGGCCGAUGAGUUUUAAGAUAAGUGGCAAAUACCAAAUUUUUGUGGAUGUAUUAAUGAAAAACAUAUAGUACACAAGGUAUAAAAUAUAAUUUGUAUAAAUUAUUAUGUUAAAUAUGUAAGUACGUAAAAUUUAUAUUUAUAUUAAAAUACAAACUUUAAAUAAUGUAUAAAUAUAUUUUAUAGCCUUAAGUUUAAUAUGAAGUUAAUAUGAAGUUUAAUAUGAGUUAAAUAUGAAGCUAUGUCUUUUAUUUUUAAUUCUAAUCUAAUACAUUAGUUUGUAUAUUAAUUUAUAAUUAUUUUACUUAUUUUUAUAGGCAUUUAGUAACAAGGGUUCAACCAGCUAUAACUAUAAAAGAACUCAUAGUAUUGUCCUUAUGGCUAUGUGUGAUGCUAGUUAUAAUUUUACAUUGGUUGAUGUUGGUGCACCAGGAAGAUGUAGUGAUGAUGGAGUAUUUUAAAUUUGAAUAUGAGCCAAGGAUUUGUUCAAAAUGUUCUUUACUUUUCUCCUCCUAAAGAAAUUGAUAGUAUAAAUGGUCCUAUCCCUUAUUAUGCCAUUGUUGAUAAAGCAUUAUUAGUAAACCUUAUGAGACGAUUUCCUAGCAGAAGGAAAACAAAUUUACCUUUAGACGAAUCUGUCUUUAAUUAUAGAUUAAUAUAUAAGUGUACUCUACCACACACAGUAGCAGUCAAAUGAUUUUGUCAUGAGGAGAGAUGUAGCUAAUUUGUUUUAUAAAAAUAUGCCAUAAAUGUUCCUAAUAAUAUACUUGUAUAUAAAGUAAUAUAUAAAUAUAUAUAAUAAUAUUAUUAUUAUUGAAAAAAAGUUUAUCCAUCCUCUUCACCUUUUCAUUGGACCAUCACUGGCAUCUUGUCUUAUAUAUUAUAUAAAAUAUUUUUGAACUUGACUUUCAAGAGUUAGACAUAAAAUUGAAAAUACAUUUAGAAUUAUGGCAUUAAAAUAGUGUAUAUUCAGGAAGCUUAUAAUAACUUAUAAAGAUAUGUUUAACACUGAUAUGGUAUAACAAAAGCUGCUAUUAGUUUACAUAAUUUUAUUCAAAUAUCAGAAAAACCGAGAUUAUACAUCAAUAAUUCAAAUCAAAUCAAUAAUAAGAAUAAGAUUGUAUUUUAUAGGUAUUCAUUAUUAUUAUAGUGCUUCAGAUAUUAAUAAUAUACAAAACCAUGACUGGAGGCAAAAUGAAAUAGUUGCAUUACCUCCUAUUGACCAUAUAGGACCUAACAUGCAUUCUAGAUAUGAAAAAAUAACUAGAAAUCAACUCAAAGAUUAUUUUUCUAGUGAAGGGGCAGUUCCAUUUCAUUAUAAUAGAAUUUUGAGAUGA